AUGAAUAUGAACGAUAAAGACGGUUAUUUUAUUCAAACUUUUGCAAGUUCACCUUAUCAUCGUCGAUAUUAUUCAUCAAUUAUGAAUGAUAUUCAACCACGUCGUAAUAGUUAUCAAAUUGCUAUAAAUACAUCAAAACAUGAUCAUAUUCAUAUGAAUAAUCGUAUACAAAUGAUAUCAUCAUCAUCAUCAGGAUCUUCUAUAAAUGGUUAUGCUCAUACAACUCGAUCACUUUAUACUGUACAUGAUCCAUAUUCAAAUUAUACAAAUGAUCAUUUAAAACGAAGCCUAAGUCAACCCGCUGUUCGUACACCUGAUAAUGAUCUUUUGCUAGAAAAUGCAACAUUUUUACUUGAUUCACCAGUACAUGCACUUCGACCAGCUCAUUAUAGAUCCCGUACAACAUUACCACCGACAAGUCCCGCAUCAAGACGAAGUUCUUUAGCCGUACCUGAGUCUGUUGGUGAAAGUAAUGAUUGUUCAAAUACAUCAACCAUGCCAAUAACAUCUGUAUAUAGAAUUGUUAUUGUUCGAUCACUUGCAUCUGUAUUUGCAUUAGCUAGUCUUUUUUCAACUGAAGUUUUACAAACAUCUAUACAUUCAAAUGAAGAUAGUUUUCAAUUAUUAUUAACAUUUCAUUUAUGUGCCUUUGUUGGAGCUGUUCUUUUAGCUGCACACGCAUCACGUAUACAUAUAGUUCGAUAUCGUUGGACAAUAUCAAAUGUAAUUGCAUAUGAUCGUUGUUCACAAAUAUUAAUUGUUCUUGCAACAAUGUUAACUGGUACAUGGGUAACAAUGCAAUAUUUUCAUUCAUACUAUCGUUUAUUACUUAUAAGUGCUGGUAUAAGUGGUGUUAGUUAUAGUUGUAUGAUAAUAAAAUCAUUUGAUCAUAUAUUACAAUUAUCGACAUCAUUACCAAUACAAAGUAUUAAAAAUUUAACAAUACGACUUAAUAUAUUUACAUUUAUUUAUAAUUCUUUAUGUCAUUUAGCAUUAAUGAUAGGUGGACUUUUUCUUUAUGCUAUUAUUUUAUUUCAACAAUAUAGACGAGAAUAUGUUUUAAUUGGUUCACAACCAUGUCUAUUAAUACCAUGUUUUCAAUUUAAUGAUCAACAAGAUGAUAAUGGACAAUCAUUAAAACCACCACCACAAUCAAUUUUAGUUAAUUUAACAAUGCAUAUAAAUGAAAAACAACAAGAAUGGCAAACUGAACCAGCACGUUAUAUUUUUUUUGUCACUUUGCUUAUAUUAACAAUAAUUAGUUUAUUACCCCAAGCUGGUGCUGAAUGGACAACGUCAAUAUUAAGUAUGAGUAGACGUUUAUCAAUAUUAUAUUAUUCAAAUGAAAGUACACAAAAUGACAUAUCAACAUCAUCCAACAGACUUAUUCGUUGUCGUCAUUAUCUAUUUGCAUUAUUUAUUGGUUUUCAAGAGGGUUACCUCUUUGGUAGUGUUAUAAAAUUUGAUGUAACAUGUCUUUUUGGCCUUCGACAUACAGUUGAAAUGCUGAUUAUUUAUGGAUUAGGAGGAGCUAUAUCAAGUACCUUAAUUGCUUUUGUGAUUAAACGUAUUUCAAUUAUGACUGCUGUAUCAUUUACAACACUUCUACAUCUUUCAACCAUGGGAUUAUUAUUAUUAAGUCGAACUCAAACUACAACCAAUAUAUCACCAUUAGUUAUAAAAUAUCUUUUAUUUUUUUCGUUUGGAACUGUUAUUGGUCUAUGGUCAACGAUUGCUAUUCGUAAAUUGUUUAUGUAA